GUAUAACAUUUAAAUCAGUCGAAUAAGUAGAACCAUAUAUCAUUGUGUCUCAUCCCCUCUAAGCCUAUCAAACAUACUCGAAAAUGACCACCCCUCACAUUUUCAUGUCAGUAUACUCUAUCGAUGGGGAAAUGCAACAUGGGAAAAGGAAAGGUACUACUUCGCUGAGAAUGGUCCUUUCUAUUGGGGAGAUAUCCAGCAAACAGUGGCAAAGGCAGCAUAUGAGCAGAACUUGCUUUCGUCUCCUGAGGUGCACAGAACCAGCCAUGACUAGGUCAGACAGGUCAACCGUUUUGGUCUCUAUAUAUGGGGGACAAAUGCGAGAUGUCGUGCUGUUCGGGCGAGAAAGUUGCUGGGAUGGAAUCCGCAAAUGCCGUCUCUCAUGGAUAUGAUCCCAGAUAUUGUGCAGCGGAAGGCGUGUGAAAUGGGUUUG